UUCCCCGAGCGAGGGCCAGGGCAUCCGGAUCGGGGUCGAGGCCCGGGGUCAGAGGACCAGCUAGUCUGGGUGGCAAUUUGCACGAGUUACUUGGGGAGGAGGGCCCCCAAGGGGGCGAGGGUCCCUGCAGCCUUGUUGCAGGCUCGGAAAUUCCCCCUGUCCUUUCUCCAUCUUGGUUCCGUUCUGCUUCCUCACUGACCUUCAACUCCGUUCCCCAGCUGAGGACCACCCUCUUGUCCCAUACUGCGUCCUCCCAUUGGGGCCAGCAGGGACUCUGUGACUCUUGUUCUGCCCACCUGCUGCUACAAGUAGGAUCCUGGUCAAACCUCUGCAUCAGAGAGACGCUCCCCCUCCUCACUCCCCUCCCCCAUCUGUUCCUCCCCUUAUUUGGGGGGCAAGAUUGCAUUAGUCUCUAGUCCAUGUCUUCUGAAGUACUUUGCUGGCCCCGUACAUGAGAAGAAAGAAGAGUCAUUAAUAUUAUAUAAUUUAGACUGACAUUUAUAAUUGAGUCUUGUCAUAGCUACAUGUUUUAUUUGAUUUGUAACAGGGAACUAGUUGUAUGAGGCCCUAUUGUAUCUGAUUCUGUAAGAACUACCACCAUAUAGAAAUGGCUUCAAGAAAUUUCUAGAUAAAUCUCUUGGUAUCCGAUGUACAAUUAAGAGGAAAAAUCAUGCUCAGAACAUUUUUUUGACUUGUUAACUAUUUCAAGAAAGGUAGCCUUGACUUCUUAUAACCUCCAGCCUUCCUUUAAUGGCUCAAUGAGAAACCAGGUUCCCUGGUGCAAUAAAUUUGGGGCGGGCCUGUGGUGUCUUUUCGAAGGUUUUUAUUCUCACACAGAUCCUAGGAAAGCAUUAUGGCACCUCCCAGCUCCUGUUAUCAGGUUGUUUUUCAAAUGUUUACCUUUCAGGUUCUCAUCCAAAGGCUCUUAAACUAUCUCUGUCUUUCUUUCUGUGUGUUUGGGACUGACCUUGCAUAGAAGUAACUAUUUGGUUGGAGGCAACUGAACUCUGAUAGAACAAAAAUUUCACUGAACCAUAGAUUUUUAGAGUUGGAAAUACCUUGCUGAAUAAAAAUCUGAGUAUGCUUCAGUUCAUUUUCAAAUGAGGAAGAAUUAAUUGAGAAAUCUUAUUUAUCCUGCAUGAGGGCAAAAUUCCAUUUCAUACCCCUGGGAGUUUCAUCUGUACUUCUCAUGGCUCCCCUGUCUUAUCAGCCAAAUGAGCUUUCCCUUUUUGCCAGGCUCUAGGCCUAGCUGGAAAGGUCCAAAAAGCAGUAGUUGAGGGAACAAGCUCUAGUGGUUUUGAAUUUUCAGUCAGCAGAAAUGUCAGAUACCUAGUCUCCUAGCACUGGAAUCUGAGGGGGAACAAAUCGAUAGUCAGCAAACUGUUUAGAAAUUGUCUCCCAUGUGCUAGGCAUUCUACAAGAUGUAAAGAGAUACAGUAAAAAGAUAGGCAAGCUUCUCUGGGAGGUUACAAUAUAUUCACAGAUAAGGAGUUGGAUACAUAUAAAGUUGUUUGGGUUGCUGGCUUUUGAGCUGAGCUCUAAAGGAAGAGUGGGGGAGGGUCCUAAGAUGUGGCAGUGUGGAGGGAGAAUAUUUCAAGCAUGGGAAAUAGCCUUGAAAAGAGGCUGGAGAUGGAAUACAAUGUAUAAGAACUAGGGAGAAGGUCAAUUUGACUGGAACAUAAAGUUCAUAAUGUGUAAUCAGCCAGGAAAGAUGGACAAGAGACUCCCCACAGCUAGCAUUUUUCAACUAAUGGCCAUAAAACACCUUGGGACUUAACAAGAUACAUGGAUGGAACUCAUAAAUAUUGACUUCCCAGUCUCAGGAAUGGGACACCAGCAUGCAACACCCUGUACCUCCAGCAUCUCCUACAGUCCCCCACCGUGAAGCCCAGCUCCAGUCAGCUGAGAUCUCACUGCUGGCUAUCCUGGCUUCCAUUCAGGCUGUGGAACAGAAGGUGGAGUCCCAAGCUGCCCGAUUACAGACCCUGGAGGGGCGGACUGGGACAGCGGAGAAGAAGUUGAUUGAUUGUGAGAAGACUACAAUGGAGUUUGGGAACCAGCUGGAGGGUAAAUGGGCUGUGCUGGGUACCCUGCUCCAAGAGUAUGGACUGCUCCAGAGGAGGCUGGAAAACAUGGAGAACCUGCUCAGAAACAGGAACUUCUGGAUCCUACGGCUUCCCCCAGGCAGCAAAGGCGAGGUUCCCAAGGUACCUGUGAUUAUUGAAGAUGUGGCUGUGUAUUUCUCUGAGCAGGAAUGGGGGAACCUGGAUGAGUGGCAAAAGGAGCUCUACAAACAUGUGAUGAGGGGAAACUAUGAAACGUUGGUGUCCUUGGACUAUGCCAUCUCCAAGCCAGAUCUCUUAUCCAGAAUUGAGCAAGGGGAGGAGCCAUGUGGCCAAGAGCUGUCAAACACAGAGGAAAGAGAAAACCCAGUCCAUCCCAGUACUGAAACCAGUGCGCUGGCUUCUUCUCAAGAUGUACUUCCCUGGAUCAAGCAAGAAGGAGGAUGUGGGAGGAAUCAGCAGAAUCUGCAAGAGAGUGAGAUCUCCACAGACCUGUGCACGGCAGAGGACUGGCUGGUCAGCAAAGAGAAGGAGAAGAGCCAGGAGAAGGGGUCCAAGGACCUGGAGCCGAGUUGGGUUCUGCAGGGCCGAGACAAGGAGAGCCUCCAUCAGACUCCAGAGCUGGCCUUAGGAGGAGGGUCUUGUGAGAACCCCUGCAGCUCAUCCCUUCUGAGAGGUCCGCCUGGCAAAUCUGCCCCCUGGGAGCGAGACUUCAGCGCCCUGUCUCCUGGUCCCUACUGCCAGGACGUUCCAGCAUCCGUGUCCGCGGAAAGGCCUUAUCCGUGUGCUGAAUGUGGCCAGAGCUUCAGCCGAAAGGAGCACCGCACGCAGCACCAGCAGGCCCUGCACAGCCCUCGGCCGUUCGCCUGUCCCCAGUGCCCCAAGAGCUUUGCCCAGCAAGCCACUCUCACCAGCCACUACCGCAUCCACACGGGCGAGCGUGCCUACACCUGCGCCCAGUGUGGGAAAAGCUUCAUUCACCAGUCUACACUUACGACCCACUACCGUACCCACACGGGGGAGAAGCCCUACCCCUGUGCAGAAUGUGAGAAGCGCUUCAGCCGCCUGUCAACCCUUUUGGAGCAUCGGCGGACCCACACCGGCGAAAAGCCCUACCAGUGCACCGAAUGUGAGCGCCGCUUCAGCCGCCUCUCCACGCUGGUGGAGCAUCGGCGGACCCACACCGGCGAAAAGCCCUACCAGUGUGCCGAGUGCGAAAAGCGUUUCACGCGGCUGGCCAACCUGACGGUGCACCAGAACACCCACUCUGGGGAGCGCACCUACAAGUGUGCCCAGUGCGGUAAACGCUUUGCCCAGAAGCCCAGCUUCUUGCGCCACCUCCGCAGCCACACCCAAGAGAAGCUCUACCCGUGCGGGCAGUGCGGUAAGAGCUUCAUUUGCCGCUCCUGGCUGGUUCGGCACCAGGGCAGCCAUGUGGGCGAGCUGCCCCGUCCCUGUACUGAAUGCGAGAGAGGCUGCCCGCCCCCCAAAGAGCCUCCUGCCGGCCCCCUGGGGAGCGGGGGCCAGGAAAGACUGCACGCUCCCGAGAGCCUCUUGGGAAAGCACGAUGAAGGUGCGCGGACUGGGCAAGACCCAAAGGGGCGCCGAGGGGCCAAAGAACAAGGGGGUGGUGCCCAGGGGGGCCUUGGGGAGCCCUUGCACAACCCCCAUUCCUAUGUGAAGAUGGAGAAUGUGGGCUAGCAGCCGGGGAAAACCCUGCCCGGGAUGGAGGGCUGGGGGGCCAACGCCCCCUCGCCUGCAGAGAAUCGACAGCUCCCUCUCCUUGGAAGGGACCUGUGGGGAAGGACGCGGCAUCCCUGGGCAGGAACGGCCAGAUUUUCUCAGGAAGGAAAACGAAUGCUGAGGGAUAGGAUGAAACACUUGAGGGGGUUUCUCUCUGCAAGCCCAGGAGAAGAACUGAUGGGAGCACUCCAGGUUGAGCUUUCCUUAUACUCUGAACUGAACCAGCUGUCUGCAGCGACGCCAGGAUCCCGGCUUGGGGGGCGGGGGAGGGCCGGAAGGCUGCACGGGCUGGACUCUUCACCAUUUUGAGGUUGGGAGUACAGGCCUGGGAUCACUCAUUAUUUGCUUUGAAGCCCCAAGUUUUUAAGAGACGUAAACUUUUAACUAUGCAGAUUCUGAAGCAACUUCCUCAGACCGGAUUGAAGGUUUCCCAGUGAUGAGUUUUCUAGUUUUAUUGGUCCAUCAUCUCAUUUUUCAAUGACCCCUGCAGGAGACCAGUGCUGUUCCUUUGUACCUCUGUAUCCUGCACUGAUCCCUACCUUGGGCAAGGGCCAGAAGAUUCUCAGAGCUGUUCCCAUCUAGCAUGAGUUCAAAGGCAGGAUUGCCAGAGCUCCCCUGGCUUAGACUGGAAGGACAAAUGGGCUUGCACUGGCACGUAUUUGGCUUCUGGCUCCUUCUAGAAACGGAGGGAUUGUACUAGAUAACCGCUAGGUUCCCUUCCAGUUCUAAAUCUACAAUCCCGUGAACUCUUCCUGAAAGUGUGUAUGUCCCAUUUGUGCUCGGCUUUCCCCCGGGCAUGCCCAGGCCUCCUCGGAGGCUCUCCAAAGUGCCACUACCUAGCACAGAUUUCUGAUCCGGAGGUAAUCAUGGUCUGGCUGCAGAUGGCCUUGGAGCUCCACCUGCAUUUAUUCCUGGUUCUAUUUUUUUCCCUCAGCCAUAUUUCUGAGAUGGCUCACCUUUCAUAAAGCCCAGGGUUCUUGUUUUUGUUUUGUCUUUACCUGUUCUAAAAUAGCCUACUUGUCCUGGCAUCCAUGUGACCUCAAGGACAGCGUCAUCCUCCCGCCAAGACCUACAGUGAAAUGCUGUUAUUGUUUUCAGAGCUCGUGGGGCUCCCCACGUCUGGCCUGAGGGGCACCUCUCAGUCUCUGCGCUCACACGGCAGGAGAUAACUGACAGGUGUGAAACUAAUGCGUGACGAGGCCUCUCCUAGCUCAGGUGACCAGCUUUACCCAGUCAACGCUCCCCCCUGCGCCAUCCCCCUCAGUGGCCACUCCCCAGAGAGGAAUUGUUUUCCAGAAUUCUGUUUCACGUUAUAAAAUAAUCACCUACGUCUAGUUCUCUGUUAGGGCUGUAGGGGACACAAAGCUCUCUGCCUUUUUGAGGCCACCAUAAAUGCCUGUGAAAAGAGAAGUGACAAUACCAAGAACUACUUGAGUGCCCAUCUCACAGAUGUAAAGGGCCUCCCUCUCCUUUGAACAAAUUUCCUUGAGAGAUUUUAGACCUUACAGUCUUUGGAUAUUCUAAGAAUGAAUUUGAACAGAUAACCAGCUUGUGGCCAUCUUGUCAAGUAGAAUUCCCACUCCUUUGCAGAAAUCCUUGCCAAAGCUGGACUGAUUGACCCAGCCAAUUAAAGACUUGCUCGUGCAGCACCCACAGCCACAGACUUGGUCCAUUUUCCCAUGGCCACAGCUAUAAGAAGGAUCUCUUUCCUUGGCACCUGAUCUUAAGAAUAGCAUUUGAAAUACGUGUAUAUGUUUGGGUGCCUAUCCCAAUGUAUUUUAUAAGAAAAGGUAGGAAGAGUUGCUACUUAUUCCCAUUGUCCAUCCCUUCUUGCUUCUAGGACAUGUUGGGAAACACUAGCAAAGUUCCUCACCUUGAGAUUGCACUGGGGAGACAGUCGAAUGUUUCUUCUCUCAUUGCCUCAUGGUGUUUGAGGCAUUUGUAUGUUUGUCUGGUAGACAGGCGGCAAGUGUUUUGAAAGUUCCAUGGAUUGGUUAAUUGUCAUGUAUACUUACAAACCCUGUAAUUAGGCAAAGUAUUUAUGCAGUUUUGAGGUUGAAUUUCUCUUUUUUGCUUGUUCUUUUGAUGGUUAUUUCUUAUUUAUGAUGCAGUAACUGUGUUUUUCACUGCAGGAUCCGAACAGUGGUGAAAUAAAGCUAUUUUCAAAUGUG